CGCGCAGCUGAAAGUGCACAGACCAGUGAUCUCUAUACGAAUAUGGAGAUCACUGGCACAGACAAAUUGUUGCACGUUGACGGGCCUUUAAUCUUUGGUCUGAAAUGUUUACAAAACAAAGCAUGGGGCACACCGGCACAGUGUAGACUCGUAGAGCACAAAUAGUUGUGCGGAGAAGCAUUAACCAAAUAUCUUUAAAAAAAUACUCCUUGUGGUUUUCAUGUUGAUUAUUACGUAAUGGCAUUGGCUGCAAUAUGUAAAACUUUCGGCCGAAUCUCAUUUGGUACCCAUAAAUGGGUUAGUAAAAGUCAGUUUUUCCCCAUAGCAGGUUCAACAACUGUCAAAUUUUCAUCUUCUGACACUAGGGCGAGGGCACUUACACAACCAUCAGAAAUAAAGCAAGAAGUUGUUGUCGAUUCUACAGAAGCAGAAAAUAAAUCAACAAGAGAUGUAAUCUCGAGGGUAAAUGAGCAGAUUGAAACAUCAAAACAUGGCCGUCUGUUUGCUGUUGUUCAUUUAUGUGGGAAGCAGUUUAAAGUAACAGAUGAAGAUAUAAUUCUGGUUGAAGGAUAUUGGCCACCAGCCGUAGGCGACAGAAUACGUUUAGAAAAGGUUAUGCUGGUGGGAGGUGCUGAUUUUACACUCAUUGGUCGGCCACUUCUAUCACCUAAUCUGGUUAAUGUUGAGGCAACUGUUAUUGAAAAAACAUUGUCACAUACAAAGACACAUUUCAGAAAAAGAAGAAGAAAACAGUACAUGAGAAUAAAUUUCUAUCGCAGCCCUUUCACAAUGUUGCGCAUCAACUGCAUCACACUUGAGGAAAAGUUGCAUCAUUGACAACUGGAAAUAAAUGUGUAGUAAUAGAAAUUUGUAAACUACAGUGAUUUCUGUCAGAUUUUUGUGCAUUUUAUUAAUAAAACAUAUUUGUUUCAUAGUA